AUGGGCUCUCGGUACCCUAGCGUCUCCGCGCUCCUGCUGCUGCUACAGGUUUCAUCGUGGCUCUGCCAGGAGCCCGAGCCCUGCCGUCCUGGCUUUGGCGCUGACAGCUACACGUUCACAGUGCCCCGGCGACAUUUGGAGAGAGGCCGAGUCCUGGGCAGAGUGAAUUUUGAAGGAUGUACCGGUCAACCAAGGACAGCCUAUAUUGCUGAUGACACACGAUUCAAAGUGAGCACAGAUGGUGUGGUUACAGUCAAGCGGCCUCUUCAACUUCAUAAACCAGAGAUGAAUUUUCUAGUCCAUGCCUGGGACUCCAGCCGCAGGAAGCUCUCCACCAGAGUUAUACUGAAGGCAGCCGAGAACCACCACCACCACCGCCGUCAUGACGCUCUCUCUGAAACCCAGACAGAAGUGCUCAUGUUUCCCAACUCCCAGCAUGGUCUUAGAAGACAGAAGAGAGACUGGGUUAUCCCUCCUAUCAGCUGCCCAGAAAAUGAGAAAGGCCCAUUUCCUAAAAAUCUGGUUCAGAUCAAAUCUAACAGGGACAAAGAAAUCAAGGUUUUCUACAGCAUCACUGGCCAAGGAGCUGACACACCUCCUGUUGGUGUGUUUGUUAUCGAAAGAGAAACAGGAUGGCUGAAGGUGACAGAGCCUCUGGAUAGAGAACAAAUUGCCAAGUACAUUCUCUACUCUCACGCCGUGUCUUCUAAUGGGAAUGCAGUGGAAGACCCAAUGGAGAUUGUGAUCACGGUGACAGAUCAGAAUGACAACAAGCCCGAGUUCACCCAGCAGGUCUUCGAAGGAUCUGUCAUGGAAGGUGCUCUUCCAGGCACCUCCGUGAUGCAGGUCACAGCCACAGAUGCGGACGACGAUGAGAACACCUAUAAUGCCGCCAUUGCUUACCGCAUCGUUGCCCAAGAGCCCCUCCUGCCUAACAGCAUGAUGUUCACUAUCAACAAGGACAAAGGAGUUAUCAGCGUGCUCACCACCGGGCUGGACCGGGAGAGUAUUCCCACGUACAGCCUGGUGGUUGAGGCUGCUGACCUGCAAGGUGAAGGCUUAAGUACAACCGCAACAGCUGUGAUCACAGUCACUGACAUCAACGAUAACCCCCCCGUCUUCAAACCCACCACGUACCAGGGGCGGGUGCCUGAGAACAAGGCUGACGCUGAAAUCACCAUACUCAAAGUGACUGAUGACGAUGUCCCCAAUACCCCAGCAUGGCAGGCCGUGUACACCAUAUUGAACAAUAACAAUGAGCAAUUUGUUGUCACCACAGACCCAGUAACCAACGACGGCAUUUUGAAAACAGCUAAGGGCUUGGAUUUCGAGGCCAAGCAGCAGUAUAUUCUGUACGUGACCGUGGUGAAUGUAGCCCCGUUUGAGGUCAUUCUCUCCACCUCCACAGCCACCGUCACUGUGGACGUGGAGGAUGUGAAUGAAGCCCCUGUCUUUGUGCCUUGUCCAAAGACAGUGGAAAUACCUGAAGACUUUGGCGUGGGCCUGGAAAUCACAUCCUACACUGCCACGGAUCCAGAUAGUUUUAUGGAACAGAGGAUAACGUAUCGGAUUUGGAGGGAUGCUGCCAAUUGGCUGGAGAUUAAUUCAGAAUCUGGUGCCAUUUUCACUCGGGCUGAGCUGGACAGAGAGGACACGGAGCAUGUGAAGAACAACACGUACGAGGCCCUCAUUGUAGCCAUUGAUACGGGUUCUCCAGUUGCUACUGGAACGGGAACCCUUCUCCUCAUCCUCUCUGAUGUGAAUGACAAUGGCCCCGUACCAGAACCUCGAAAUAUGGACUUCUGUCAGAAGAAUCCACAGCCUCGUGUCAUCAACAUCAUUGAUCCAGAUCUCCCCCCCAACACAUCUCCCUUCACAGCAGAACUAACACACGGGGCAAGUGUCAACUGGACCAUUGAGUACAAUGACCAAGCCCAUGAAUCUCUAAUUUUAAAGCCGAAGAAAACCUUAGAGUUGGGUGACUACAAAAUAAAUCUUAAGCUCACGGAUAACCAGAACAAGGACCAGGUGACCACCCUAGAUGUGUUCAUGUGCGACUGCGAAGGGGUCGUCAACAGCUGCAAGAGGACGGCAGCCUACGCUGAAGCAGGCUUGCAGGUUCCCGCCAUUCUGGGCAUUCUUGGAGGAAUCCUCGCUUUACUAAUCCUGAUUCUGCUGCUUCUGCUGUUUGUUCGGAGGAGAGGGGUGGUCAAAGAGCCCUUGCUACCCCCAGAAGAUGACACCCGGGACAACGUUUACUAUUAUGAUGAAGAAGGAGGUGGAGAAGAGGAUCAGGACUUUGACUUGAGCCAGUUGCACAGGGGCCUGGAUGCUCGGCCCGAAGUGACUCGCAAUGAUGUGGCGCCAACCCUCCUGAGUGUGCCCCAGUACCGGCCCCGCCCUGCCAAUCCUGAUGAAAUUGGAAAUUUUAUUGAUGAAAACCUGAAGGCAGCGGACACUGACCCCACCGCUCCUCCUUACGACUCUCUGCUCGUGUUUGACUAUGAAGGAAGCGGUUCUGAAGCUGCUAGUCUGAGCUCCUUGAACUCCUCAGAGUCAGACCAAGACCAGGACUAUGACUACCUGAACGAAUGGGGCAGUCGCUUCAAGAAGCUGGCGGACAUGUACGGGGGUGGGGAGGAUGACUAGGGGUCUUGAGACAAAUGGGUAAGGAGAUGGGUCCUUACACCAUGUGGGGAAGAGUGCAGGGGUCAUGGUUUUCCAGCUCCCUUCACUUGAGUUUCUGGGGAAAAGAGACUGCUCAGUGAUGCAAUUAGGAUAGUUAGUAUUACCACUUGAUAGAUCUAAUCUGUGUUUUGACCUGUUCUUUGAAGCUUUUUUUCUUUCAUCAUUCUUUAAAUGGUGAUGCUGUCCAAAAGCCACCCACACGUUUAAUAUUUCAAAAGAAUAGCUUCAGCCUCCAGAAGGUUCUGCUAGCAACUUGGAGGUUAGGUUCUGCUAGCAAUUUACAGAUUUCCUUACACGCUUUUGUCUCAUUUUUUUUAAAGAAAGGGGGGACUCAACUACCCUAUUGUUUGUGUGUGUGUGUGUGUGUGUG